AUGGAGGAUGAGGAUUUGCAUAAUCGUUCCAUGUCUUUGCAAAGUGAGGAAGAUGAGCCACACAAUCAAUCACUAUCAGAGCUACAAACAACCGACUCUCAGAAGAAGAAAAAAAAGCCAAGAGGUCCUUCAAAGGGCCUAAAAUCCAUGCCUGGGGUUCCUAGAGUGCUUGAAUGGGAUGAAUUGUGUCGACCCAUUGGAAAGUGGGCAAAAGCAUCCAAAAUUCAUGUUGGUGAAAUAAGUCGUGCAAAGGUGUCUAUAUUGUAUAAAGAUUGGAAUCAAGUUCCACAAGGAAUAAAAGACACUUUGUGGGAAGAUGUUAAGAGAGAGUUUCAAAUCGAAGAAGAUGAAGACAAGAAAAAAAAGGUCUUACGCACUUGUGAUAAAACUUGGAGAGAUUUCAAAAUAAAAUUGGUCAGUGGUUGGAUCACAUGUACCAGGAAUAUGCCGAAGGAGAUAAGAAUGUCGUAUGUACUCUAUGAUUUCAUAUCUGAGGAUAUGUGGAAAACAUUUGUGGAGGAGCAUACUACAGAUGAUUUUAAGGAAAUCAGUGAGAAGGCAAGACAAAGCCAGUCUUUCAACGAAUAACCUCACCAUUUAGGAGCCAAAUCAUAUGGUGAAAUGAAUAUUGUAUGGCGUAGAAAAGGGUAUAUUCCCACGACAUCUUCAGCAUCCAAUACUUCAUCUUGUUCUUCGGU